AUGAUCCUGCGACGUUUGGGGCUCACCCGGAUGCCAUCCACCCUGGCCGCAAUGCUGUCCCUCUUCGCCGCCCUGCGAAGUGUCCAGAAGCUCCAGAACCGAGAGACCUCUGACAGGUUGGCGGAACUGUUGAAGCCGGGGGUGGACUUCUUGGGAAAGUGGAUGGGUCUUUUCUUGGCCCCGCCACUGGCUUCCUUGGAUGCCUCCAUUGCGCGACUGCCGCCCUACAGCGGCAAAGUCUGGGCCAACACAACGGCACUCCUGGGCGUUGGUUGGGGUGCCACGCAUGCAGCCGCCGCCGGGGUGGCAUCGUCCCUUGUACCCGCAGAGAGGGCACCGGCAAAGACAGCUGCUGCGGCUGCAGCCGCCCCGGUCACCAACGGAAACCAUGAGAUUUCUCAAGAAGAAGCGGUUCGCCGGUCCUGGGUCUUGCUGGGUGCUGCUGGCUUUCUUGGAGUGGCCUGCUCACCAGCCCUGCCAUUGGUGUUGCAUCGACCCUUCGGGAUUCUCUGUGAAAUGAGCACCACCGUGUGCUCCUUCUCCUUGUCCAAGCUGCUUCCUGAUGCCGUGCAGCGCGUGCUGCAUCCACUGGUCGUUUGCGCAGUCUCGUCCAAUCUUGCGUCACGCUUCGUUGGUCCGGUGGCUCCCUAUUUUGAUGAGGGCCGAGGCGUCGGAUGCCCCGGAGCGCCAGAUGGUCUCAGAGGACUCAGAGGAUUCAAUGUGGAAACCCUGCACCGGGGGAAUUUGCGUCUGAUCGUGUGGGAUAUCGGAGGUCAGGAGCAACUGAGGAAGAUUUGGACAUUUUAUUGCCAUGGCACGAAUGGCUUGAUUUUCGUGGUGGACAGUUCCGAUCAUCAGAGGAUCAAACUUUUGAAGGAUGAAGUUGAGAAGAUGCUGCAGAGGGAAGAAUUGGCCAAGGCGGUUCUGCUCUUUUUUGCCAAUAAACAAGAUGUAGCCAAUGCAAUGAGUGUCGAGGAGAUUAUCCAGAAGUUGGACCUGGAGAAGUUGUGUUCGAAUCGAACAUGGUUUGUGCAGUCUUCAGUGGCCACCACUGGAGAUGGUUUGUUCGAGGGUUUGGACUGGCUUACCAGAACUCUGGGUGAAUCUGAUGGUGUGGGAGACCGAUUCUUUCAGUGGUUGCCAGCUGCAGUCACAGGACUCGGAGUUCGAAUGUACAACACCACUGACAAGUGGUUGGACAAUGCUGAUGACUUCAAAUGUGUGCUGGCGACCUGUUCGGCCUCGGGGUGUUUCUCGAUUUUCCUUACCACCCUUGGGGCAGUGAACCCAAUGUCUCCGCUCAGCAUCCCUGCACCGUUGUCUCUGCCAUUGCUCCAUCGCUCGGUGAUGUCUGCCCUGGGCAUUGAGGGUUCACAGGCAAUUGGCCCCGAGUGCGACCCAAAGUUGGCCGUGGCAUCGAUCCUCAUUACGGGAUGCAUUGGUGCCUCGUUGGGCAACAGCCUCUUGAACGCCUUUCCAGCCAUCUUCCGCGCGUCUUCACCGCUGGUCCGGGGAGUGGCCAUGGGAUGUUCUGCUCAUUCCAUUGGCACCGCCGGGCUCAUUUCCCUGAACGACACGGAAGCUGCAGCCAUCUCUGGCGCAUCCAUGUGUUUGGCGGGAACAAUGCACACCUUGGUGCUCCAGUUGCCGGGCGUGGUCACGGGCAUCCGCUCUUUGUGGGCAGAUGGUCAGCGGGUGAAAGACAUCGGAAGCCCAAAAUUCCACUUCUCUUCCUGCGAUUGCAGGUGUUCUCCAGCAAAUUUUCGAGAUCCUGCUGGAAAACAGCGGAUGGACUCUGACACAGGGAGCAUGACAUGGAAUCAAUCAUGGGAGCACUUGUAUGCACAACUUUAUUUGGCAAAUGAACAUCAGUGA